AUGAUCAUCACCGAUGAUCAACAAUGGUCGGCAGAUGGCGACAACCCAUUCGGUGUAGCAAGCACUACGGCAGAGGGCAAGCCUGAGGGCCAGGGAGAACCACUCGGUUGGGGUUCAGGCGGUGCUUGGAAGCUCGUAUGCUUCCGAGACAAGUGGCAGCAGCUUUGUCGAGAUGUGGACCUGUGCGAUGAUAAGUUGGCUAUAGCGGCUGCGGAGUUCGCCAGUGAUUCGAUGCCACUGGGGAGAUAUGAGGAACUCUAUAGGGCAUUCAGAAAGGUGUUUAUCAGUUUAGAGGGGCUGAGCAAAAGUCUUGGGAAGGCCCGGGCUAGUCUUGGCCCUAAGCUGGAGGACUUCACUACUUUUGUGCGGAAGUAUGAGGAGGCGAUCGAUAGAGAGUUGGUAGCACUCCAGAAGGUGCAGGAUGAUGUAACUAGAGUGAAGCAGGAGAGGGACCAUGCUAGGGCUAUGUAUAGGCAGGAGUCAACCUGCCCUGAACAAUCUCGACAGGUACAGUAUAGAGGUAGAGUACAGGAUCUGGCUGAUACGCAGAGGAAGGCCAAGAAUGAAGUCUUACGGUUACUAGAUGGCACACAGCGGGAUAGGGAUCGUCUGCUAUUGCUGUCGGUGAUUGAAAAGGAGGAUGCGGUGGCUGCCAGGAGUAUGGUGGAGGGCGCCCGAGCGGAGCAGAAGCGGGCUGAGGAGGUUUCUAAGGUUGAGCACAAGCUGAAACACGAGGCUGAGGGCGUGGCGAAGGAGGCUAAGAAGAUGUGCAAUACCAUCACGCGUGAACUGGAUAGGGUCCGCCGGCAGAAGCUGCAGGUGUCGAGGGACUUGGAAAAAGAAGAACGUGCGAAUAGAGAGUUCGCUGCUGCUGGGGGAAAUCAAAGCUUCCAGAAAAUUCAAAGUUUGCAGGCUCAGCUGAAGGAAGCAUUAGACGCCCGAGCCGAGGCUAUUGGCAGAAUAAAAGCUGCAGAGGAUGCUGCUACUGAGGCUAAGACCAAGCAGCGAGCAGAUAUGAGAGUGAGACAGCAGCUUGAUCUGGAUGCGGAGGAUGCGGAGGAACAGAUGAAGCAAGCUGAGGAUAUGGCGGCUCAGGUGGCUGAAAGGGCUAAUGCCUUGCCUGGCGUCACUGAGGAACGCGAUAAACUCCAGCAAGAGCUCAACGAGGUGGCUCAGAAUACGGCGAACCUUCAGACUAAUUUGAAGAAAGCUGAGGAGGAUAUAGCGAGGCUGAAGGAGGAAACAGCAGACUUGCCCAACAUGCGCAAGCGGAUUGAGGAGGUUGAUAAUGACGUAGUGGAGCAAAAGGCGGCACUUCAGAAGGCUCAGCAGGAGAAGGAUGAGAUCUCGGCUAAGCUUGCAAACUUGAAGAUGGAGGCGGACACGGCUGAGGCUAGUGCUAGUAGUUUGAAUAAGCAGUUGGAGCAAACUCAAACAUGGAUUGCCGAUUUGAGGAAGAAGUCGGCAGCGGCUUCAGAGGAGCUGAAUAAGACUACUAUGGAGUUGGAUGAAGUGAAGCAGGUUUUAUCGCAAGAGCAGCAAGGAAAGGAAACGGCACUGCAGAAUGGCAAGGAGGCGCAGACUGCAAUCGCGGAGAAGGAGGGGGAGACGGCAGCUGCUUUGGAGUCGACAAAGGAGGCCACAGCGGAGCGGGACGGGUUGAAGAAGCAAUUACAGGAUAUGAAGACGGAGAUAGGACAGAUUCAGAAGGAGAUAGGAGCUGAGCAGAAGGCGACAGCUCAGGCCCAGAGGGAUGGGGGGAAGAUAGCUGGGAAGGUGGAAUCGAUGCAAAAGAAUAUUGAUGUGAAGGUGGCUCCCGGCAGGAUAGGCUCGUACACGCCCCCAGUGCGUAGUAGCAGUAGCUUCAAGCCGACGGCUACGGUUGAUUACUCUACGGGUUCGACGUAUGUGGCGGCCACCCCUGGUGAUGUUACGACGUCGACGACAUCUGAUAAGCUAAAGCACGGUGGAGAGGUCACUUGGGACUACACUAAGAAGGGUGGCAAGAAGGUUGGAGGGUGGAUGAAGGACGGCUAUGGUGCUGCCAAGAGGAAGUGCCGUGACACACAUGGUUCUCGCUCAUUUUUUGUGUGGUUGCUGAGAGGACAAAUAUCGGGGGUCGGAGUUGCAAUAGAACGAAUGAGUGAGAAUUUGGAUGCCACAGAACCCGGAGCAGCACGUUGGUGGUUACCUCAUCACGAUAAGGCGUCGUUUGCAUUUAUCAGAAUUGACGACAUUUUGGUAAACCCACCACGAGUUCAUCUUACUAUUGGCACCGACACAUGUAGUGGAUCACGCGUAUGUUUCCCCCUCUACAUCAUUGACUCUCGGGCGCGUACGGGUAGAUCUGCCUGGUUUUUUUCUAUGUAG